UCUCAGCCACAGGGAACCAUUAAGAGGAGACAGGAAGAAGACAACUUCCAGUUUCCAGGCAUGGCUGAUGGGGGUUACCCUAAUAAAAUCAAGAGGCCUUGCCUCAAAGAUGUCACCCUUUCUAUGGGCCCACGUGUCCAUUCCAGCACACCUUGUACAGACCUGCAAGUUCCUCCAUUGACAAUGAACACUAGCUCCUCAGCUAUGGGAGUAGUGGGCCAUUCAUUACUAUUUGAAAAUGAUCCCGUAAAUGGCAGAGUAAUGGGCCAACAAUUUAUGGUACCACCAAGUGCAGAAAUGAGACUCAAAGGGCCCACUAUUCCUUAUGACGACAAAACCAACAGCAUCAUGGCUAUGGAGCAGGACCAGGAACUUCAAGAUCUGCUGGAAGAGCUAACAGAAAUUCAGGACCCUUCUUCGAAUGAACUAGAUCUUGAGAAGAUACUGGGAAACAAGCCAGAAGAACCACUGGUCUUAGAUCACUCCCAGGCAACCCUGGGCACAACUUCCAAGCCUUCAGCUCAGAUGCCACACUUGGAGAGCCUUGGUUCCAGCAAAGAGUUUGCUUCUCGUUGCAGCCAGGUCACUGGCAUGUCACUUCAAAUCCUGCCCUCCACCACAGGGAUCAGCUAUACUGUUCCCUCUGCCAGUAAGGAGAUGGUCUCACCCAGUUCUAUGACAACACAAGCCAAGAGUCAGGUCCAAUCGAUGCUCCCCAUGGCUUUUCCCCCACUCCAAGUACCUCAGUGGCAUCAUGCCCACCAGCUGAAGGUGUUGGCGGCCAGCAAACAGGGACCUGCUAUAAAGCAGCCAGGGCCCACUUCCAGUUGGUCUAACCUGACUCCUCCAGGCCUCUCCCCACCUUACUGCCCAGGACCAUCACCACACCCGCCACCACCUUUCAACCCACAGAGCCUCAUGGUAUCCUGUAUGUCAUCCAGCAACCUGCCGGGGAACGCUCUCCAAGGAUCCCCCAAUGCCUUACUCUCAAGCAUGGCAUCCAGCAGCAAUGCUACUCUUGUGCCCACCAUGUCCUGUGCUCCUGAGAAGCUCCCCAGCCCAGCUCUCAAUCAGCAGCUGCAGUUCAGGCCACAGAGCUCAGUUCUUGCCAACCUAGUGUCUUCUACUAUUAAAAAUUCUCAAGGCCACCUGAUGUCUGCUCCGUCCACCAGCAACCCAGGGCCUUCCCCACCCUACCACCCAGAGAAGCUCUCUAGCCCAGGCUUGCCACAGCAGUCCUUCACUCCACAGUACUCCCUGACCCGGAGCCUCCCUCCCUGUAGUAAUCCACUGAGCCAGCGCCAGCAGCAACAGCAGCACCAAACAAAUGCCAUUUUCAAGCCCAUGAUCACCAACUCACCCAAGACCCCAAGCAUGAUCAUGCAGCAAGGACUGGCCAACCCAAGCACCAGAGCCCUGGAGCCAUUUACUAGUGGCAACACCAAGCCUUUGUCACAUUUUGUUUCUGAGCUGGGCCCCCAGAAGUUGCCCUCCAUGUCUGCCACCUCUAGGCAACCUUCCAUGCUCCAUUAUCUACAGCAGCCUAUGCUGACAAGAGUGUCUUCUGCCACUGCCUCCUCCACGGCCACAGCCACCUUUCACCUGCAGCAUCAGCAGCCUGACCAUUCUUCAUUCCUUCUGCAGCAGAUGAUGCAGCAGCCCCAGUGCUUUCAGCGACCAGCAGCCUUGCAGUCCAUGCCUCCUCUGCCCAGACAGCAAGAGAAACAGAGAUCAGUUCUUAUGGCAAUGACCCCUGAACAGCAAAGUGCAUAUAUCACCCAACAGAUGAAUCAAUUUCAAGCCAUCCAAGAACAAGUCACCUCCAAGCGUAGCCAGACCAAGGCGAAGUCCCCAUAUAGCCAGCACAUGAUGCCACCCACAGCUGGGUUCCUUCAAAACAAUCUGAGUCCAGGAAUGAUCCCACCAAAGAGACACCAGACCCAUGAGGGCAUCUCACUGACCUUGGGCAAAAAGCAGGGAAUUUUCAACCCCAGACCCCUAUUUCCCAUACCAUCAUGCUCAGGCCAGAACCCCCUGGGCAGCCUUGGCUCUGUCUGCCAGCAUGCACAGAUGCCCAAGGCAUCCCCCUUGGGAGUGUUCCUGCCCAGGUUUGGCCAGCUCCUCAGUCCCCACCAGCUUAGUCAGCCCUGUGUACCAAGAAUGCCCACCAUGUUCAACAAUGCCACAUGGGUGGCAGCGGCAAUGUCAACCCCAGUGGUCUCAAAGGAACCAACCCUGAGGCAAGUGGGUAACAGCAUCCAGCAGCAAUUUGAUAGGAACUCAGUUUUCACCAAGGUGCCUGCAGGAAUCUCCCUGGUAGCCCCAGCCUGUCCACCACAGCAGGCAGUCAGGCCUCCCAGUCAGGGGACCCCAGGAGACAGGCCUGGCCAGAUGGUGAAUGCUGUCUUACCCAGCCCCAACUUCCUAAGACAGAGUCCUGUGCUUGGUCCUGUGCCUGUGCUGAAUGCUGCCAAGUCCUUCCAGCAGGGUGUAGCCAGCUUUGGUCCCAUGAGUCCCAUGCAGGGCAUUGAGCCGCCGCCAAGCUAUGUGGCUGCUGCUGCCACUGCCUCUGCUGCCUCCGCCGCCUCCACCAUCCCUGCCAGCUUGUCUCCAGAUCCAUUCAGCAAAAUCGGGCCCCCUCCUGAGCUGCCACCCUAUGAUGUUUUGCCCCAGGCCCAGCCUCUACUAAAUGAUGUGGUUUCACCACCUGACUCCAGUGAGGUGGAUUUCAUUGAAGGUCUCAUGAAAGGCCCCAGCACAAGCCCAGAUGAAGACUGGUUAUGCAACCUGAGGCUGAUUGAUGACAUUUUGGAAGAGCAGCAUGCUGAUACCCAAAAUGCCACAGCCCAGGAUGCUGGCCUAGUCACCCAAAAUAGCCAGAAUAGCCCCCCACAACAUUGACAUCACUUUAGGGAGUGGUGUGAAUCCAUAGCAAAUUCACAACUGGCUCCAGACAGCCACACAAGUGUUCGGCCCAUGCCCAGCCCUCUCUCUACCUGUAACAAAGUGGAAAGCUGGUGAGUUUUCAAAAUACUUGUACAUAUUUGAAAAUUUUAUAAAUGGUUUUCCUAAACUUAAUGCAGAAGUAUAUAUACUUCAUUUUGUGACUGUAAAUAAAGUGACAGCUUUUCUUUCAAUACAGUUGUGUUUAUUAUACAUUGUUGAAAAUAUGCAGACUGUGUUAUUUGCUCCCAUGACGUCUUGUAAGCCAGGUGGCUAAGUUGCUUAUGAUUUUGAUGCAACAGAAGAUGUGAUGUAACCAAGAGGUGUUAUACAAGCUUACAAAUGCCACAUAGAAAACCACUUGGCCAUUUAUUUCCAUUUUCACUGAAAAUAUGAUCGCCUUGUGUAAUUUUUAAUCUUUGCAAACCUUUCAGUCUCUACUAGCUCUUUCCUGAUAAGCACAUUACAGAAAAGCUGCUUUUACUGUAAGUGCCCCACAGAGGAAAUUUGCAAGGAGGCUGAGGAGAGUUCUGUGGAUUUUGGAGAGGUAAAGAGAGAGUAUGUGAGCUAAACACUCUCUGAGCUAUCAACCUUAGGGAUCAAGAGGGUCCUCCCUUUAUCAUUCAGACAAGAGAACCUCAGCUUUGCACCUCUCCAGAGUUACCCUUGCAGGAUGAAAGUGAGAUGUUCCUGGUUUAAAGCCUUUCAGUACUUGUUUUGAUGUAAGUCUUUGUGGUUUGUGGGGGAAAGUCUGUAAACAUCAAUACUUGAUUUUUGGUUUGUGUUUGAUGCUUUGUAUCUGUAGUUAUCAUCAUGUAUAUUUCAGUGUCUGUUAUAGAAAAAAACCAGUCCCACUGUCUGUAAACUUUUCUGUGUCCAGACUCUAUGUAAUCACAUUUUAAUUGCCACUUGGUAUUUUGCCUCUAUGUUUGAAAUCUGUCAUCUGUUUUAAGCCAGAAUGUCUUUUCCUUUCUUUCUGUAAUAAA